UGAACAUCUGCUAAUCUGCUCACUUGUCAGCUUCUGGCUCUGGGUUUUUAAUUGUCAUUUUAGCUAAACAACUUGGGGAGGUUAUCAUAUUCUUUGGAACCAUUAACAAUGUAUCUAAAAUUUUUUUAUCUGUUUAGUAUCCUUUUAGUAGUUAUAAAUGCAGCUAAAUCGGAAUUAAAUAGUGAAGAAGACAAUGACGCUUCUAGAUAUGUUCUAGAAGGACGAGUAUUUCCUCUUACUGACUCCCAAAGUAAGCAGUUUAAUUGGCAAGCUAAUACAAGAAUUCACGUAAAUGGUGGCGAAUAUUUGGGAUUUGUUAGGAGAGAUGGUUCUUUUACUGUUCAUAACGUACCAGCCGGAUCUUAUAUUGUGGAAGUAUUACAUCCUGAGUUUACAUUCGAACCUGCCAGAGUGGAAAUAAAUUCAAAGGGGAAAUUUAGAGCUAGGAAAGUAAAUCACAUCAAGAUUUCUGAAGUUAUCAUAGUGCCAUAUCCAUUAAGAAUGAAAGCAUUAGGAAAAACACGUUAUUUCCAAUUGAGAGAACAAUGGAGAAUAACAGAUCUCUUAUUUAACCCGAUGAUCAUGAUGAUGGUGCUACCUCUUCUCUUAGUCAUGGUUUUGCCAAAGAUGAUGAAUGACCCAGAAACGAAGAAAGAAAUGGAGCAAAUUCAAAACAUGGCCAAAUUUGAAAUGUCUGAUAUGUUCUCAAAUUACUUAGCUGGAUCAACUACACCGCAGACUGACAAGGAUAAAAACCAAGCUGUUAAUAAAAAGAGUCAAAAGACUAGGAAACGAAUAGAAAAAUAAAUUUAAUAAAUUACUAUAGAUGAUUUUUUAUUAGCAAAUUGUGUUAGAUAUACAGUUUUUGUUUGUAAGUUUUUGUUAAUUACAUGAAUAGGGUAACCAUGAUAAAAUUAAUUUCAUUUGAAAAGAGCGAAUUAAAAUAGACCAUUCUCCUAUAAAUGUCAAAAGCUUGACUGGUAUUAUAAUGUAUUCUUAUUUAGACCAACGAUCUUGAAUUUGGAUCAUUGACAACAAGUUAUUUUUGGUAUUAAAUAUUUGUAUUUAAAAUCAGUUAAUAUAUUUAAGUGACCUAUA